CCUUUGCACAUAGCAGGUACUUAAAGAUUUAUUCAACAGAUAUCCGCUAUAAUGUUUAGCUUUUUAAUCCAAAAACAUGUUGAUUUUAUUUGAAUUUUAUUUUACAUGAAUCUUCUAUGUCUUGCAUUUCAAAUGGAUAAACCCUAUUUGCAUAUGUGGAAAAUUAUACCUACUAAAAAAUGGAGUUUUCUUUUAGAGCUCAUUUGGACUUCGGUUCUUUUAGUCAUAAAACAACUUUAUCUGUGAUGAAUGGUAGCCAUUUUUUAUUUGCCACAGGAUCACAUUGCAGAGUGAACAGCUGUGUAACACAGUUUUCCUAAACUUUAAAUAAGGAUGCUCUUACAAUGCUAUUUGACAUGUUACCAUAGCCACAACCUAAUUAUUAAACUAAUUAUUAAAUUUAUUGUUAAGUGUAUGAAUAUUUUACAAAUAUUCCAGAUAUGAAGGAUUAAUAUACAAAGGAGGGAAUUUGCUCUUUACCAAUUAUUUCAAUAAUAAAUAAGAAAAAUCUAACAUAGAAAAAAAUUAAAGAAACAUUAACAAAAUCUGUAACCCAACUUUUCAGAGAUAACUGCUGUGUAUGAGUGUGUAUAUAUAUAUAUACACACACACACACACACGGUUUUUAUACAUAUAUUAACACAGACACUAUGUGUACAAUUGAGGCAUGGUUGUACAUAACUGUUUUAUAAUCAUUUUCACACUUAACAAUAUACCAAGAAAUUUCCCAAGGUAUUAUACUUCUGUUUUUUUUUUUUUUUGACAUGGAGUCUUGCUCUGUCGUCCAGACGGGAGUGCAGUGGUGCAAUCUUAGCUCAUUGCAACCUCCGCCUCCCAGGUUCAUCCACCUCAGCCUCCUGAGUAGCUGGGAUUACAGGUGCCUGCCACCACGCCCAGCUAAUUUUUGUAUUUUCAGUAGAGGUGGGAUUUCACUAUCUUGGCCAGGCUGGCCUUGAACUCCUGACCUUGUAAUCGACCUACCUUGGCCUCCCAAAGGGUAUUAUACUUCUAUAGUGUCACAUUUAAUGAGUACAUUGAGUUUUACCGUGGUUUAUUUAAGCAAUUCCAUGAGGCUGAACAUUUGAGGUUGUUUCUGAUUUUUUGAAAUAUAUAAAGCUAUCACAAACCUCUUUGCUCCUUAACUAAAAAUUACUCUUAUAUUAGCAUAUAGGCUGUGUUCUGAGUACACAUGCACAUUGAUCCAUGGACAAGACAUUUUCAUAGCUCUGUAGUCAUGGCAAGGACUCCUCUUUUCCAGGGAGCUAAAAGAGCAGGGGACCAGGUAUCCCAGCCUCUCUCCUAGAGGUCUUCUGCUAAGAUUACUGGGAGAAAAUUCUGAGUGCUGGGGAAUUGGUGAGAAAAUCAUUUCAGAGAGCAUGGAACUGAGAAUCUAAGCAAUGUUGGGGACAUUUAUUCUACAUGUAGCAAGGAGAUUUUAGGAUCCAGCUCACUUAGAUUUGUAUUCACCACUUUUCUGUGCCUUCACACCUAGCUCUGUGUGUUAAGGGUAAAGUAACCUCUCUAGCUUUUCUUUCUCUGUGAACUCCCCCUACCUACAACAGCCUGACAACUCAAGGCCAACUAAGAAACAGACCCACAGGUCUCUGACUCUCCCCAGUCCUCUCCCCAUGGGGCUCUGAAGGCUGCCUACAGGUAGAUGUGGGGCUUCUUCAUCUCAGAUGGUGGCUCCACUCUCAGAAUGUGUUUUCAGCAGGCAUGCUUCUCAGAAAUGCCACCUGGACCUCAGAUCUUUGUGUAGAAUCCAGUCUCAUAAGGGCAUGGAGAAGAGGCAUUGUAAGAAGAAGGAACAAGCCCUGCCAGCUGCUGGCACCUGUAGUCACGGAGAUGCCCAUGACCAUAGUCUGCUGGCCACAGGAGGAGGAACAAACGCACAAUGGUCUUCCUUUGGUAACAGGAGGCUUUCCUUUACAUCUGGGGCACCCGGCAAGGGGAGCAGGAGUAGUUGUAAUGCUCGCCAAAUAGCUCAGAUUGGGUAGCAGAGGGAAACGAUAAAAAUUCAAAGGAACCACACAGAUGGGUGUGAGCCGUGUGGCUUACAGGUGUACAGUGGGAAGUUGAGGAGGCAGUUUUUUGCUGCUGUUUUCUGAGUUUACUCCAUUCGCUUAGUCAUUCACUUGCUCACUCAUUCAUAUAAUCAGCACUUAUUAUUGAACAUCUACCAUGUGUCAGGCCCCAUGAAGGAAGAUACCAAGAUGAACAGAGAAGAGUGAGCAUUAUGUUGACUUAGUAUCAGCUAGGUAUCUGGUUUUCAGUUUUUCUCCCUUAAUCAUUACAACAGCCUAUAAAGUAUAGGUAUUCUUAUCUCAUGUAAAGAAACAGAGAUUCAGAGAGGUCUAGUAAGUGCUGGAGGUGGGAGUCAGACUUCUGUCCAAAGCCUGUGCUUGACUCAGGGCUGUGACCUUCUUCUCAAGACAUGCCUGUCCUGGGAGAGCUUGCUGUCUUAAGUAGAAGACAGCAUGUUGAGCAAGUAAUGGCCAGGCAUGUCCUGUGGUGCCUCCCUCACUAGUAAUACUCCAGAACCCUUAUCCUGCCAUUAUCCAGGCUCCAGCAGAUCUUGUUAAACAUGUUUGCAGACUCUUUCUGCUGGCUCUAACCUUGCCACAGUGUCAUUAAUUGAGGAAGGAUCUGGGGUCAAGUUGUCAUCCUUCCAAUGGCAGGGGUGUCAUCAGUUUGGAAGGUGUACUGUCAAUGUACUGCCUUGGUGCCUACAAAACUCAUUUUGUGUUCAGCUAACCUUAGUUCUUCCAGCUUUUAGUAGCUACAUAAUAAGGGAUAAUCACCUCUGUUAAAGCUUAUUCUUACAGCACAGGAUCCUUCACAUAGCCUUCACCUUCUACCCUCUGUCACAGUUUCCAUUUAUCUCAGUAAGGAAUCAAAAUCAUUUCAUUUUCUUUCUCUGCCAGCUCAACCAUGGUAUUGGGUUCCACCUAAACCGUAAGUGUCAUAAAGUAGUCUGUGAGAGAGGCAGAGCCUAAAUAAUAGGGUCUAGUGGUUAGAAUCCAAGAUAACUUGUAGAAUCUCACUGUGGCUUCCCUAGGCUAGUGGUUCUCAAUGAUUUAGGACAUCAUAGAUCCCUUUGAAAGGCUGUUGACAACUGCACUUAAACAGAUUGUCUCCCAGAAAAAUAGACACAUAUGGGUGGAUAUGCAAAUGAUUUGCAUACGGUUUCAUGAGAUUCAUGGCUUUCCCCCACCACAUACAUUUUGAGGCAGGGUUUAUAGGCCCGCUUUGGUUUAUCAGGUGAAAAGUAUAACCUAGUCUGUCCUCUGGUGAGUAGAGUUGAGGAUUACCCAGUUUUCCCUCCAGAAUUCUGGAGGAUUAUAGUUUCAUGAGAUAUUCAGAUAACUUCUCGUUUCCUAUUUAGCACUUAACAUUGUUUUGCUUCUUUCUAAAGAAAUAGCAGACAUCAGGAGUCAAACUUUUUCCUGAUCAUGGCAAAUUUUCUAGCUUAUGCUGGGCCCUGGUUAUGCUAGGACCACAGGGGAAGCUUUGUUGUUUAUCUUUCAACAAACAUUAACUCAUCUCUUUGUUAUUAUGAAUAGGGUCUAGGUCAUGAGAAAAUUCCAUUGUGCCUUAGUUACUCUCCUCUCUUCUAGACCCACCAGAGACUCACCACCUGUCUGGUCCAAUCAAUGACCUAUGUGAUGAUUACAUAACCAACCCCUUGCCUCUGUUCUAGUUACUGCUUUUUUAUGUUUUAGAGACUUCCUCAGAGCUGGAAUUUUAGUAUCUCUUUGGAAUUAUCUGAAUGUUUGUCCUCUAUGUAUACCUCCUUAUUAUAUUUCUUGCAUGAUAUGCAUGUCUUGCAUGUCUAUCUGUCUGACUCUUUCCUUAAAAUUAAAGUCCCUUAAGGUCAGGGACUCUAUGUUGUUUGCCUUUGUGCCCACAGUGAUUGUAACUUUGCCUGACACAUAGGUGCUCAAUAAAUGUUUAUUGAAUUGAAUUGUAUAUGUUUGGAUACCCAAGGUAAUAACUUAAGUAGGGACUCAAAAAUUGCUUAAAACUCCAGGAAUCUUUUCAUGGCUAACCAAUCAGAUACGGUUAAGCCAAUUUAUCUAGAAACAUGAGCAUUGUAUCAGAGGACAUACAGGGCUUAUGCUGUUUGUGUGUGUGUGUGUGUGUGUGUGUGUGUGUGUGUGUGGAGGGGUAGGUAUACAGACCUUUGUUUCUUGGUUACUGCAAUAAUUUGCCACUGCAAGUGCCAUUGGAGACUCAGAGAGCCAGGUCUGUGCUACAGCAAGGGGCAGAGGUUUGUUUGGUAUUGUUCUGCAAACCCCUUGCAGAACAAUACCAAACAAACCUCUCUUCUGUAAUCUCUGUGUAUGAAUAUCCCUCCAAUGUAUCUUCACAUUUCUUUAUCUCCCUGAUAUAUCUUAACAUCUCUUUCAUCUCUGCCUCUUUCUCUUAUGGUUGACAUAUCCUAAGACAGCAUGGACAGCAGCCACUCCAAGUAGCCAAACGCUAGUACUAGUUCACUAGUUCAGGACCAAGGACAGUGGCACACAUGUCCUGGCAGUGGGAGAGGGUGCUUUAGUUUGCUACUUUGUUCAGUAAGAUGACCUUUGGAUGUGUCCUUCUCAGCUGUCAGACCGCACCUACAGUUCUGCAAACCUGGUUGUUAUGUUGGUCCUAGUUGUUCCAUGUAUGUGGUGGACCUGUGCCCAGUCUGUGCCAGUGUAUCCCUGUGACAUUGCUCACUGAUGAUCAUGGUGGAGGACCCUGGAGCAGGAGUGGCAUGGUUGUAGAAUAAGGAAGAGUGCAAGUGGGAGUGGGGAGAAGCUCUGGGCUUGGGUGAGAGGAUCUGCUCCAGGAGCUGCCUGUGAGGGUCCUUUGACCUAAACUCUGUGGUCAGCCAUUGCUACUUUACUGUCACCCACAUGGGGGUUGGAGAGGUGGGUGAGGGGAGAGGCAUCCAAGAGGUGCUUGACAAUAUCAUAUUUAGAUAUCUGCCAGAGUGCCUUCCAUAAUGAUAUAGCCCAAACCUGGCUUUUCAAAUCAGUAAUUUCAUGUUUAGUCUUUAUGCCCUGAUUAAAUUAAGUAUUAAUAUUAUUGAUAUUGGUGCUGGGGAAAACGGAGGUGGGACUGAGAUGAGGGUCCCAAGGAGCAAAGCUUUUCUAUGUCUGAACUUGCACAGCGCACACCUUCUACCCAUGGACAUCUCUGUAACUCUCUCCAAAUAUAUUAUAAUAGCAAAUACAUAGCUAAUGUUCAACAGUUGGAUCAUAUUCAUCACUGACAAGCUAAUGUUCUGGGUAACUUUGAGGGUCCAUCCAAGAGCAGUGCUUAAAGUAACAAAAAAGACAAUAAGUCUACCACUAUCACCACUACCUGUGCUGUAUGAGCACUUUAGAUAGCCUGGUGAGUUAGAAAAGAAUCAGCUUCAAAACAAACACAGUGGGUGGAAAGAAUCACUUCUGAAGUGGCCAUUUUCUUGUGUCUGCAUUACACUCAAGAUGUCAACUUUUCUGGGGAGGGAGGGAGGAAGAGUGAAUAAGCCUGUGUGUAUUGCAGCUGAGGUCUCAACUCGAGCUAAUAUUAAAUCUUGUGAAGAAUAAACAGAAAUGGUUUGCUCAUUAGCUGGGCUUAGAGAGGCGUUACCCAUAUGUUUGAAGUGCUAAUUAUUAGUGAUCUUUAAUGGAGCUAAUUUAGCAAUGGAAAGUGUUACAAAUUUCUGUUCCUCAAAGGUAGCCCAUUAGCCAGGACUUUAUAGCUAAUAUUGACUUUAGAAAGUUAAUAUUGAAAUUGGCCUCAAUUAGAGUUCAUGUGAGAGAAGGAGAAAGAUGAAGAUGGAGGUAGAAAUAAGCACAAAGAAAGACCAUGGGAGGAAGAGAAAUGGCAGUUACUAAACCCCUUUUAUGCAAACGGUGCCAUGACACUUGGGGUGUGAAAGACUCUGCCUCUGGGUCACUCAUUAAGUGCCAGCUGUAUGCGAAGUACUAAACCUAUUGAGAGAAGCACCCAGUCUCUCAAUGAGCUUAGAGUCUAGUGAGGGAGCCAGAUACAGUGGUGGAUAAUAGCAGAACAGGGAAGUACAUGCCAGUGAUAUUCUGAGGCAGACAAGUGAGUCCAGCCCAGAUGGUGAUGGAGCAGUUAGGGCAGCCACCCUAAGGAAGCUAUCCAGCUCAUUAUAGUGCAGGGCAGAAGAUGGUCAUUUAUGAUAAGGAAGUUCAAAUGCAUAUCAGAGUCAAGAGAAGGUAGACAUUGCUUUUCUCCAGUAUAAAGGCUGCCCUUAUCAGCCAGGUCCCUGGUUGCUACCUCAUGUUACAGGAGACCUGGUCAGUUUUCUUAGAAAAGCUCGGUAUUUAGCAAUUGUCAAAAGAACAACAUGUUGUUUUCUGCCUUUUUGUGUUGAAGUCAGGUUAGCAGAGGCUCCUGGGUGUCCUUUGCUUAGAAAUCCCAUGGCCAAGGAGAACUCUGCCGCACCAUCCCUCCUGCAUAACUGCCACCUAAGGAGGGGGAUGCUCCUUGGUUUAUUUGAUGUUUGUGGGUGUCAGUAGUGAGGGAUGACUGUGGGGUGUUGGCCCCAUUGUGCACAGGUGGAUUCCCAAGUUGGGAGAGGCAAGUGGGUCUCCACACUGUGCUGUGUGUUUGGUUGCUGACAUAAAGCUGCCCAGUCUCUCUCUCUCUCUGCCAGGUUUAUUCCUUUCUCUAAGAACACACUUCCUGUCUUCUUGGUAGUUCUGUUUUGUUGUUUGUUUGUUUUUUGAGAUGGAGUCUCACUCUGUUGCCCAGGUUGGAGUGCAUUGGUGUGAUCUUGGGUCACUGCAACCUCUGCCUCCCAGGUUCAAGUGAUUCUCCUGACUCAGCCUCCCGAGUAACUAGGAUUACAGGUGCGCACCACUAUGUCUGGCUAAUUUUUGUAUUUUUAGUAGAGUCAGGGUUUCACUAUGUUGGCCAGGCUGGUCUCGAACUCCUGACUUCAUGAUCUGCCCACCUCUGCCUCUCGAAGUGCUGGGAUUAUAGGCAUGAGCCACCACACAAGGCCAGUGGUAGUUGUUUUAAGGAGAACUCUAAGGAACAUAUUUUAUAGUCACUGGAGGAAUUUUUCAACAGUUUCCUUAAUAGCUCAUUAGUGUCUGUAAAGAGGAGACAGGAGCAUUCACCUCCAUUUCUCUCUCUCUCUCUCUCUCUCUCUCUCUCUCUCUCUCUCUCUCUCUCUCUCUCUCUGUGUGUAUCUUUCUGUCUACCUCUUUAUUUCUUGCUCUUAUCCCUUUUUCUUACUGUUUUCUUCCACUCUUACCCCCUCUAUCUCUUUCUCUUGUGUUAAUGUGGGAAAGGAGGGGAUAAGAUAAGGGAGAAUGAAAAUCUUGCAUCUAAUGGGUUCUCUACCAACCCCAGUUUCGCAGCCAGUGUCUUUUCCUAAGGGCUUCACCCAUCUAUUUUCUACACAGAAGACAGCAGGACCUUAAGUCUCUUUCCUUUAUGAUUCAGUUUCAUACUGUACUUUCAUGGCGUCUCACACAAACUGUCAGCCUGCUACUAUCCCAGCACAUCCCAGGAGGUUACCCACAAACAUGCUUCCUGCCUCUCUUGGGACUUAGGGAGUAGCUCAAAAGAGACAAAGUUUCAGUGCUCCUAUCCACUGUUCUACCACUAGCCUCAGCAGGGGCCAAGUCCCAACUUCCCCCUAUCCUCAGUGAUAAAGCAGAAUGUGACCUGGAGGUUGCGAUCAGAGCCUGCUGGGCCAAGCCCUGUUUAGCAACCACAGCCUUCUUCUGGGACCAGCCAGAUCCCACCCAGCUCUGCCCCUUGCUAUAGCACAGACCUGGCUCUCUGAGUCUCCACUGGCACUUGCAGUGGCAUCUUUGCUGAUGACUGCCGAGGUAUCCACCCUGUUGGGAAUCAGACCACAGAGCUUACAGCUUACCCUCCUCCAUGCACUCCUUUUCAUCACCCCCUAACUCUGCUUUUCUGUUCAUUGAGUAAAAUCUCUUCACCCAUGGCAUACAGUUUGUUUGCCCCUUUUUCUCUGCCUUGGCAUGUACUGCUUUCCACCAUCCCUUGCCUCUUCCUUUAUUUACAAUCUAGUUCGAAGAUCAUCUUCUCUAGGAAGACUGACCUGAUAGAUCACCUCACCUUGACAUUCUCUGUCCUCUCUGUGCCCGUGUGUGGUCAGUUUCAGUUUUUCUUGACUCUUUUUUCUAACAUGCACUGUGCUAGGUCGUGGGGUAGAACAAGGAAUAUUACAUGGUCCCUACCCUCAAGGCAUCAGGAUCAGUUAAUGGGGAGUAAAUGAAAACACAUAAAUGCCAUUCAGGAGUGAUGGAGUAUGAAGUACAACUGGAGACAGCUCAGCUUGAUGGCGAGGCCAAGGAAACUGCACAGAGGAAAUGACACAUUUGAGGGAGAUUUAAGAGGUAGGAUCAACAGAACUGAGCAGCUGAAUCAAUAUAUGUGAUGGAGGAGGGGGAGGAGUCUAGGAUGCUUCCCAGGUUUCUGUUUGGUUAGCUCAGUGGAUGAUGGCACCAAUAAUUAAGUGGAUAUAGGAUGAUCAGGUUGGGGGCAAGGUGGGAGAGUUUUUAUCAGAAUCUCAGAGUCUUCACUUUUAUAUGUAUACAUACAUACAUACAGUCCAGUAGCUUCCUGGUAUCAGGAGAAAAUUGACACUGGGUAUUUUACUAGGCUGGAAACUCUCAGAGAGCAGAAGUUGGGUUUCCUCUCCAAGGGAGAGAGUUGCCUGAGAUGGGCAGUGUGUUCUCAGAUGCAGAGCUGCCCAGGUGGGAGCACCUCUCCUUCCUGUUUCUUGUCCAGCAUUUUCCAGUGUUCGGGGCUUUGCACCUGUGGGUGGGGAUGCAGGUGGGAUAAAGAGGAAUAAAUUGACUGGCUUCUCUGUCCUCCAGGGCUAUCUUAAAGAUGGCAUCUUGGUCUGUAAAUAUUAUUAGUGACAGUACUUAUGGUACCGAGAGUAGUUAGAGAAGGUAAAGCUCUGAGGAUAGGAAGGAAGAUUUGUGGUGAAAUUAAAACAUCUGAUGUAGGCGGGUCCGGCGUCUACGGGCCAGGGGCCGGUGGCUCCGCCCAGCCAAUCGACGCCCCGCGACGGGCAGGCCUCCAGCCAAUCCGGGCUCGGCUACGGGGCAGGAAUGGGUGGGCCCGAGGCCCGGCAGAGAGGCCCUGCCGUGGUGAGCUAGGCCUAGCCCGUCAGUGGUGGGUCCCGGCACUGGCUGGUCACGACGCUACGGGCGUUCCUGAAGGUGGUCAUGGCGAACCUGGCAGCUGAAGGCAUCAUGGUGGGAGGCUUGAAGCGGAAAUAUGAUUUAGAAGAGGAGGAGGAGAAGGAGGAGAGGUGGGAGUGGAGUCCAGCAGGCCUUUGGAGAUACCAGCAAGCCCUGCUCCGCAUCUCCCUAGACAAAGUCCAGCGCAACCUGGGCCCCCAAGCACCCAGCCUCCGCAGGCAUGUCCUCAUCCACAACACCCUCCAGCAGCUGCAGCCCGCACUUCCCCUGGCUCCUGCCCCUGCCCUGCCCCCCCAACCCCUCUUCCUGAUGUCGGCUACCAUUGGCUCUAUCCUCAGGGAGCUGGAGACCUCCAUGGAUGAGACUGAGCCCCCUCAGAAUCCAGUGGCUCCCUUGAGCCUCCAGAAUGAAGUGCCACCCCAGCCUGAUCCAGUCUUCUUAGAAGCUCUGAGCUCCGGGUACUAGGGGGACUCUGGCUUGGACGAUUUCUUUCUGGAUAUUGACACAUCUGUGGUGGAAAAGGAGCCUGCACGGGCCCCGCCAGAGCCUCCUCACAAUCUCUUCUGUGCCCCAGGUUCCUGGGAGUGAAAUGAACUGGAUCACAUCAUGAAAAUCAUCCUGGGAUCCUAAAACU